AUGGCGACCAAUAAAAAUCGAGGGGCCUUUAGGGCGGUAAACAUCAGCAUCAGUACUACUGAGGUAGAAUUUAGGUCGGCACUUUUCGAUCAGCUUUCAAACGACGAGAAGGAAAGCUUUGAACUCUAUCUCCGUCUGACGCCUUGUUGCACCGACACAGAAACAAAGAUAGCAAUCUUUAAGUUCGAACCGUGCACACUAAAACCGAAUACACCAGAGCUACGCAUAUUGAGGUCCCGUACAACGAAGCCAUGUAUAUCGAAGCCAAGCGCACUGGGGUCACACGCAUUGGAGUCGUCUACAUCGAAGCCGCGUACAUUGAGACCACACACAUCAAACUCGCGUAUAUCGAAGCCGCGUACAGCAAAACCACGCAUGCCGGAGCCACGUGCACGCACAGCGGAACCAAGCAUACCUGAGCUUCCAUCCUUCCUGCAAAAGGGAAACCCAUCAUUUGUUUACCAAGACAGGAUUAUAGCGGUUGAUUCCGAUUUUUUUGGCCUCACACAGUUAUAUCCAGUUGAAACAAGUGAAGCUAAGAUUGACAUUGUUGCACUGUCAGGGCUUAAUUCUAACGCUUACGGAUCAUGGGUCGGUCCUAAAGUUGAGAACGUUACAUCCAUGUGGCUUCAAGAUUUCUUGAGCAAAGACAGCGAUCUGAAAUACUGCAGAACAAUGAUUUUCGGAUAUAAUACAAAGUACCGUGCCACGGCGAAAUUUUGGAUUGAAGAUCACGUCGAAAAUCUAUUAACGGAAAUAAACAAAGCUCGAAGUACGCAAACAGAGCAAAGGAGACCGUUAAUCUUUAUCGGUCAUAGUUUCGGCGGGACUAUAAUAACACAUGCUUUUGUCCAGGCAUCCAUAGAAAUGAUCUAUAAGAAUAUUUACGAUUCGGUUCGAGGUAUAAUAUUUUUUGGUGUUCCAUUUAGAAGUAUUUACCUCGAAGACGUCUUUUUCAUGGUCGAUGAUGAUGAAACAGUUGGGAGAGAAGGUUAUGAGCUCGUUCAAGGUAUCGCUUAUGAGACAGCAAGAAUUACAACUACUGUCAAAACAUUCAAGAAGCGGGUGGAGGAAACCAAAACGAGGAUUUUCUCAUUUUUUGAAACACACAUGACGCCAAAAGUUAUCAAGUUGCCAGACGGGAGUUACGGGCGAUAUGGAGACCACGUAAUACUAGUCAAUAGGGAUUCUGUAGAGUUAGGGAUCUCUGGCCUCGAAGAACUCUUAUCAGCCCCGGCAAAUCAUUCGACAAUUGUCAAAUUCGGGAACGAGCAAGAUCCAACGUAUCGGACUGUUCAUGAUCGUCUUAGGGAAGUUAUACAGUCGGCUGAAGCUGCAGCCUUUCGAGGACUAGCAAAAAGAAAGUCCCCAACCACCCUUCGGGCUGAUCAAAGGGAGGCGAUAUCAGAGAUCCGCAAACAGAUACCGUCUGCUCAAAAUGCGGCAUUCGAUUCCUAUAAAGACGAUGGAUUGGAUGUAAAAUGUCACUCUAGAACGCGGACAGAACUUCUAUGCGAAAUUAAGGAAUGGGCUAGGGAUCCCGAUGGGCCAUAUAUAUAUUGGCUCAAUGGCAUGGCUGGAACAGGGAAGUCUACGAUCGCCCGGACGCUUGCUCAAAGUUUCGAAGAAGAUGGCCUGCUGGGAGCCAGUUUCUUUUUUAAAAGGGGCGAGAGCGAGCGCGAUAAUGCUACUAGGCUUUUCACCACGAUCGCUACGCAGCUCCUAUCAAGGGUACCCGACCUGAUACCCCAUAUUCAAACUGCGGUCGACGAAGAACCUGAGAUUGCGGCGAAAUCAUUAGAAAAGCAGUUUAACAACCUUAUUCUUUAUCCUCUCGAGAAUCUGGGUCAGGUUUCUCUCUCUUUAAUUUUAGUAAUCGACGCAUUGGAUGAAUGUGAGGGAGACGAAACGAUCAGACAGAUUAUCUACCUUCUUGCGAAGAUACAAGCGUUAAAAACGAUUCAUAUGCGAAUAUUCUUAACGAGCAGGCCGGAGCUUCCAAUUCGACUGGGUUUUCACAAAAUAUCUUCUGAUACCUACAAGGACAUUAAACUUCACGAUGUCCCCCUAGCCACCAUUGGAAAUGACAUAUCAACUUUUCUCACAGCUAGGUUUUCCGAAAUGAGGGAAGAAUUUAAUGAUUGCGCAAUUGGGAAUCCACUACCAAAAGAAUGGCCCGGGGGCGAUGUUAUUCAAAAGUUAACCGGCGUAGCGAUUCCACUAUUCAUUUUUGCCGCAACUAUCUGCCGGUUCAUUGGAGAUAAGACGGAGUGGGACCCAGAAAAACGCCUGAUGACUGUUUUGGAGUAUGGUGUCGUUGGGGCUUCUCAGUUGGACCAAACGUAUCUUCCCGUGCUGAAGCAAUUGGAAGGUGGCCUCCCCCGGCAAAAACUCACAAGACACCUGUUCGGUCAAGAAUUUAGAGAGAUUAUAGGCUCAAUUAUCAUCCUGGCCGACCCCUUGUCUAUAACAUCUCUUGCAAAUCUUCUUGGUAAAUCGCAAAACGAAAUCGGUAGUAAACUACACCAUUUACACUCGGUCCUGAAUGUUCCUCAGGAUAAAAACGCACCCAUCCGAACACUACAUCUCUCGUUUCGGGAGUUCCUAGUUGACCCGAAAAAGGUGGGCAGUGAUCUAUGGUUCUGGAUCGAUGAGAAAAAAGCGCAUUCCGUCAUUACGAAAAGAAGUCUCGCGAUAUUAUCGACAUACCUUAAACAAAACAUUUGUUCUUUGGAAUUCCCAGGCAUGAAGCGGAAAUAUCUCGAUACUAAAAUAGUAAAUGAACACCUACCCGCAUGUGUUCAAUACUGCUGUCGCUAUUGGGUACACCAUUUAAAAGAGAGUUGCGAAUUUAUAUCCGAUAAACACGAGGUCUAUACUUUUCUGUGCACCUACUUCUUGUACUGGAUUGAAGCCCUAAGCCUUAUAGGAAAAUCGCCUGAGUGUGUCCGCUUGAUCGAUGUUUUAAGCUCUAUUACCGAUGAAAAAGAAGGGUCUGAAGUAUUGCGGUUUCUUUACGACGCUAAACGCUUUCUUUUACAGAAUUGGCGAAUGGUCGAUAGCGCGCCGCUUCAACUUUAUUCUUCGGCACUUAUUUUUAGCCCAGACACAAGCAUCGUUAGGGCUAAGUUCCGAGAUCGUAUCCCCCUGGAGAUUUGUGUAUCGGCGAGGAUACUGCCAUCUUGGGGCGUAGAACUGCAAAAAAUAGAAGCGCGCUGUUGGUUUGGGCCAGUCGCUUUCUCCCCCGAUGGCACGUGGCUCGCAUCGGGGCUGGAUGAUGGCUCUGGAACGAUUAUAAUCUGGGAUGCUGUAACGGGGGAGGAGAUUAAAAAAUUAAACGCGCACGGUAAUUUAGUUUCGGCUAUUUUUGUUUCCUUUGACAACAGGCGAUUGGUAUCGGCAUCACGUUACGGAGAUAUUAUAUAUUGGGAUGUGGCAACAGGGGAAGGGAUGAAACAAUUAGAGGGAGAAACAAACGAGACGGUGGUCUUUUCUGUUGAUGGUAAGCAGCUGGUAACGGUCUCAUUCGAUGGAACGAUUACAUUCUGGGACAUGGUAACGGGGGAGGAAGUGAGACGGUUGGAAAGCGGUAUUUGGGGGACCCAGGUGGCAACCAUCUCCCUUGAUGGUACGUUUCUAGCAUUAAGGUCCGCUUAUGGAACGAUGGGACUCUGGAAUGCGUUAACGGGAGAAGAAAUAUGCCGGUUGGAAGGGAAUGACAAUUUAGUUAAGGUGAUGGCUUUUUCCUCCGACAGCGAACGAUUGAUAUCCUGGUCGGGAGAUCACACGGUCGAAGUCUGGAAUACAGUAACGGGACAAGAGAUAAAAAGAUUGAAAGUGCAUGACGAUUUAGUUGACGUGUUGGCUUUUUCUGCUGAUAGAAAGUGGCUGGCGUCGGGGUCGCGUCGUGGAAUGAUCAGACUCUGGAACGCAGAAACGGGAGAGGAAUUGCAAGAAUUGGAAGGGCAUAACGGGGAAAUUAGAGCAGUCUCCUUCUCCGCUGAUAACAAGCGGCUAGCGUCGGGGUCUAGUGAUAGAACGCUUAGAAUUUGGGAUAUAGAGGAGAAAGUGAAGAAAAAGGUCGAACAAUUACAGGGGCAUAGCAUGAAUGUUCAGAUGGUCAUUUUUUCUCCUAAUGGUACGCAGUUAGCAUCGGGGUCGGUUGAUGGAACGGUCAGACUCUGCAAUAUGAAAGGGGAGGAGGUGAAAUUAUUAGAAGGGCCCGGGGACAGCGACAGCGCUGUUCUGGCGCUUGCCUUUUCUUCCGACGGCAAGUGGCUGGCGUCGGGGUCGGAAGACGGAGUAGUUAGGUUUUGGAAUAUGGAAAAGGAGGAGUCGCCUUCUCCCGAGACACCAACUGGUUGGCAUUGGGAUCAGGCGAUGGAACAAUUAAACUCUGGAAUCUCGAAAAAGAAGAGUUGA